AUGUCGCGAUUCCAACCAGACGAAUUCCUUAUCAAUCUCCGCGGCAAGGUGGUUCUAUUGACAGGAGGAGCACACGGCAUAGGAGCAGCGCUCGUCAAGUUCUGCAUGGACAGUGGUGCACAUGUCUGCUUUGGCGAUCUUGACGAGCAAGCCGGCAAAGCUCUUGCGCACGAGAUAUCUCACUCGAGAUCCCAAUCAAAUGCAGAUCCUUCAACUCCUGGAGUUCUCUUCGUCGCUACAGAUGUCACAUCAUAUGAGUCCGUGCUAGGACUCUUUCAAGCUUGUCUGGAGAAAUUCGGCCGCAUCGACAGCGCUGUCUCAUGUGCCGGGAUCAUCGAGAUAGGGAACUGGUUUGACCCGACGCUCGAUCUGGAGACUGUGCGAAAUCUCCCUACCAGAAAAGUCCUCGAUGUCAAUUUGGUCGGAUCAUUAUACUUUGCGAGGGUAGCCUCUGUGUACCUUCGCCAAGGACGAAAGGACGGCGACGACAAAUCCCUGACGUUGAUAUCCUCAGUCGCGGGCUUCAAGGAAUCACCGGGCUUGUUCGUGUAUCAGGUGAGCUACUCUCUCCUUUUCUUUCCAAGACCACCACGGCCCAGAAUUAACCCGUCACCACAGGCAACAAAGCACGGAAUCCUAGGUCUGAUGCGCUCGCUGAGGCUCUAUCUCCCGCCCACAACGGGCAUCAGAGUGAACGCCAUCUGUCCGUGGAUGGUGCCCACGGCAAUGACCGAGGGAAUUGAAAGCAUGUGGCGAGCAGCAGGUUUGCCCAUCAACGAAACCGUGGACGUGGCUAGAAUCGUCGCCGGUGUGGCCGGAAAUCCUGAUAUGAAUGGGAAGGCGAUCUACGUUGAGGGCGGGCGUGGUUGGGAGAUUGAGGAUAAUAUCAAUCGCCUUGAGGGCCAGUGGUUAGGAGAAGAACAGGCUGCGUCACUGGCGAGAGGGCAGGAGGUUUUGGGUGCUGGUAUGGAUUGGGCUAAGAAGUAG